AUGUCCCUACAGACAGGAUUGUUGCUCAAUAUCGGGCACCCCCAGAAGGGCGCAGAUCCACGAAACAUAGUCGAGUUGCUGGAAGUUCCUCUUUGCCCAGUACGUCCAAGGGUACAUGAGCACCUCUGCGCUGACCACGCUCAAUUCAUAGCCACUUUGUAUGGCUAUAAUAGUUCGAUGCCAUGGCGCGAUCGAGCGUCCAAUGACCUCGCUGUAAUUCAGCAGCUGUUUCCAGAAAUUCAUCUCAAAGACGAAUGGCUUGCAAUGGCCGCCUGGCUUUCAUUUACGCAUUUCACGGACGAGAUAGCACGCGACCAGGUUGAUGAGGAGGCCCUGCAUGCACUUGGAUUGGCUCGUGAACUAUUUCGUGUAGGUUAUCGAAAAGCAGAAGUGGUCACCUGCCCUCCACCUACACGCAAGUGCUCCUUUACCGAACGUUUGAAAGUCUCCAGCGAGAUCCUCCAGCGACAACUCGAGUCACUUUUACCGACUAAGGUUCUCCCAAUGGUUUAUCAACGCAUCAGUGAAGUGUAUACAGCAUGGAUUGAAGAAAUAAGAUUUCGAGAAAACCAGAGGCCUGAUACGAAGCUGUACCUGAACCUCAAAAGACAGGGCACAAGUAUUGGUCCAUGGUUAUCGAUGUCAGGCAACCUCUAUGGGACAGGCCAGCACGAGUCACUCAUGAAGCUUCUCACAGACCAUGUCACCACCUGCCUCAUCCUCCAGAAAGAUAUGAUCAGCCUUCAGGACCACCUCACGGCAGGCGAUUUUAUGAAUUAUGUUGUGAUGGAGCAAGCCAGUUCUUCCAUGUCCAAGGCCCAUGCGACCUUCGCCACAAUCGAAAAUUACGCAAAUGGCGUAAAAGAAGCGGCAAGUCUUCACAAUCACGUAUCUCAUCUGGCCAGGGUCGAGUAUCAGCAGAUCGAUAUCCUUGGAACUGCAGAUGAGAAAAGGCUGGCCCGCUCCAUCUAUUAUUUACUAUCUACUCAUCUACAACUGAUAUGGAAAAUUGAAUGUAGAAGGACGACCCGGCAUACGGCCUCAGGAACCGACGGAGUAUGA